AAUAUCAAACAGAAAUCACCCAAAACAUUUUAAAUAAAAAAUUAUUUUAAAAAAUUGCAAAAAUGGAUUCAGUUCAACGGGAGAGGGACUUGAUUAAAAUGGAAUUGCCAAGGACAAGGGUGCUCGUAAGCACUAGUAGAGCGGAUUAUCUAGACCAUACUGGAAAAGUUGUUUACAAUCCUGCGAUCAAGAUAAGUCAAGAGGAUCCCUCUCUAAUAAGUGGUCACUACUGCGCAAAUCUAAAGGUUUCUGGUAUAGAAAAUGUAACAAAGACAUGGCCCCAAUCAAUGAGCUGGCGGGAGGACUACGCACAGUUCAUCAAGCGCAACAAAUGGUGUAACGAAAAGAUCUACAAGCUAUUAUUUAUGUAUCCGCCUGUGAAUUUCCGAAUUCUAAAGGACUUCGUGAGGGACCUUCGUAGAUCGGUUUACAUGAACGAUUACUCUCGAAACGACUUUGUUUCCUUUGUAAGUCGACGGCGCUACAGGAACAAAAAAGGUUACUCUCUCAAGGAUGAGGACUAUCGGACCACAUAUGGGUGCUAUUAUAAUAGCUUGCAAGAAACGGAGCCGUUUAAAAGCGCCUUCUACCCAGAACGUAUGCUGAAGGACUCGACUCUGGAAAGAAUCGCCAGUGAUUUAAGAAAGCUUUUCAGAAAGUACAAUUUGACCACCUAUUUUGAUACUACAUGCGUUCCGGCAUUGAUGAAAGCUAAAAAUGGUGUAAUGCCCUCCACACCCAUCGAUCGGUAUCAAUUUCGCAAAUAUUAACAGGGGUCCAUACUUACACUUCUUCCCAUUCAUGGAACAGCGGCAGCAAGCGGUUGGAUUGUGCGACGGGUAUAAAUAUCAUGGCGUAUUUUAGGUAUACACUCGAGUCCUAAAAAAAGUACGAAUAUUCGGUCGAAUUAGAUGCAAUAAGAAUAAGGCAAUAGAUAAAUACAUA